CCCUGUCUACAUCCCUGUCUAUUGGGUUUGGACCUGAACCAUUUCACCAGUGGAAGGGAAGAAUCUAUCCACUAACCUCUUGGACCCCUGCUACCUAGUGCCUACUGGUAACUCCCUUAGUUGUCUUCUCCAGGGAAGAUCUUUGACCUUUUUUAGUCCACAGAAAAGAACUGAAACUCCUGCAAGCGAAGAUUUCUUCUGGUUCCGAAGCUAUCCUUUCUUGUCUUUUAAUCAUUAAUCUAUUCACUUUUUGUUUGUUUUUCUUUCACUAUCAAGUUCCGUGCUUCAUCUCCUAACUUGUAAAUGGCGGAAAGUAGGGACCAAGGGGACAAGCUUCGAGGUCACCAAAUCCUGGAGGGAAAACUUUCACAAAUCUCAAUCGAUUCUACUGAUGCGUCUUAACUCAGAUCAGUCCAACGAAGAAAUAGAAUUCCUUGUUCAUUCAUUGUGAUUUAAGCAUCCGUUAGUGGAAAAUGGAAUCAAAAAAUUCAAUGGAGUAGGUUUUAUUGCUGGUUUGGUUGGAUUUUCCUAGAAAGAUCUGAGCUGUUUCUUUUUGGUUUUUGUUUCUGUAGAAUUUGAAGAAUUGUUUUUGAGAUUUCGGUUUCUUUUGUUGACCUUGAUCUCUUAGAACUGUUCUAAAAGGAAUUGAUUGAGAGUUUCGAGUUCGGAAAUUUAUUGUGAAUUCAUUAGUUGGAAUCAAUUUAUCUGAAUAUCUGUUUUUUAUUAUUGUUGAUAUGCGACGGUAAUGGAAAUGUGUUCACUGAAACUAGAAUUCUAGGGAUGGUGCUAUGAGGAAGUAAUGGAUGAACUUCCGCAUCAUCAAUUACACGAUCAGCUUACUGAGAAUUCAUUGACUCCAGUUGGUCUGGCUGCAUCUGAGAAUGUUAUUGUGGUAAGAUCUGAAGAGUCUGCAAGUGUCAGUGCAGAAGAAGGAGCUUCAAAAGCUGAGAUCAAUGAAUUGGACACAAGUAAGGUAUCUGCGGGAGAAGGGAAAGUUAGUGUUCCAAAACCAGAGGGACAUACUUGCAUCAUUGAUAUUAAAUGCAGUUGUGGAACGUUUGGUAGUGAAAAUUGGGAUGGCGAGAAGAUUUGCAGGAUCUGUCUUUUGAGUUCCGAUCAGUCAUCUGAUGUGUCAGAAACUAUCCAGCUUGGUUGUGAUUGUAAAGAGGAACUUGGCUUUGCACAUCGUCACUGUGCUGAAGCCUGGUUUAGGUUAAAAGGCAACAGAUGUUGCGAAAUUUGUGGCGAGACUGCAAAAAAUAUCACAGGUGUAGGGGACAUAAGAUUCAUGGAGGAAUGGAACGAAAGCGGGUUUGCUGCCAGCAGUAACAACCGCUCAAGGAGGGGUGGAGGUUGCUGGCGAGGGCAGCCAUUUUGUAACUUCCUGAUGGCUUGCCUAGUAAUAGCUUUCGUGCUCCCAUGGUUUUUGCGCGUAAAUAUGUUUUGACAGGGACAUGGACAAGAGAAACAAGCAUGUUGUUCAUCAGACAUUAUUCUGCACGGCCACAUGUGACAAUAGGUGUGUUUUGCUGCUGGAUGUAAGUGUGGUAUGAUAUCAUCCAGUCAAAACAUCUUAAUGCUGUGAUUGUUAGGAUGAUCUAGCAUGAAAAAUGAGCCUUGGUUCUUCUAUCCAUCCGUUUUCCCAAGCCGCUGUAAGAGUUGAAGGUAUGGAUUCUUAGAACCAGUGCUACAAGAAUAGGUAGAUGUUGCAAUUAGUGAAUAAGCAAUUAAGCAGGAAGUCGUGCAGUAUGAUUAUUGCAAGGCUGCAGUGAAUAUGCCAGUCAUCUCUGAAAGAUAUUGUUCAGGUUUUACGUAUAUUUUGAAAAAGAGAUGUAGGAUACAAAUCAGUUAAUGAUACCACUUCUCUUUUUUUGGGCAACUUUUCUGUCAUUCAUUGUUUGUCGGGGGAUCUGCCUUUUGUAAAUAUGAAAUAAACCUCAUAUUUUUUCUAAGAUAUCUGUGUACCAAUGAUCA